AUGGCGUGGCGCUGCCUGCGGGCGGCGACGGGGAGGAGGGGGUGGUGGGACGCGUCGCCGUGGGGGACGCCGCUGUUCGCGGCGGAGCAGCGCGCGACGCUUGUGAACGUGAAGCUGAAGUGGGUCAAGGAUCGGGCGCUCGACGCCGCGGUGUCGCGGGAGCGCAACCUCCGCACCGCCCACCACCUGCUCGACCUCGUGUUCAGCCGGCCCGGCCACCGGGUCUCGCGCUCCGACCUCCUCGCCGAGAGGUCCGUUCAGAGGCUUUGUGGCUCCGCGUACUCCGCGCUCGAGUUCCUCGGCAGGUACCACACCCGGUUCGCGCUGUCGCGCGGCGGCGUGUCGCUGACGCGCGCGGCGCUCGACCUGCGGCAGCGAGAGGUGGAAUGCCUCUGCGCCAUCGAGCACGACCUCGUCGCCCGACUCCGGCGCCUCCUCAUGCUCACCCUUCCCCGCUCACUCCCGCUCCACACCAUCGACCUCCUCCGCUGGGACCUCGGCCUGCCCAGCGAUUACCAGGUCUCCAUCCUCCGCCGCUGCCCCCAGCACUUCGCCCUUGAGCAGCCGGAGGGCGACGAGCGCGUCUGGCUGCGCCUCCUCUCCUGGGACGAUCUUCUCGCCGUCUCCGAGCUUGAGAAGAGUGCUGACGGGGGCGACACCACCUGCCUCCCCUUCCUGGUGAGCUUCACAAGGGGGUUUGGCCUGAGAAGCAAGUGCUUGGACUGGCUGCGGGAGUGGCAGGCGCUGCCGUACACCAGCCCGUAUGCCGAUGCGUCGGGCCUUGAUCGCCGCACAUAUGUGUCUGAGAAGCGGAAUGUGGGAGUGUUCCAUGAGCUGCUGCACCUCACUGUGGCGAAGAGGACAGAGCACCAGAAUGUGAGCAACAUGAGGAAGUUGCUCGGCAUGCCGCAGAAGUUCACCAAGGUGUUUGAGCGCCACCCUGGCAUUUUUUACCUCUCCAGGGUGCUUGGGACACAGACGGUUGUUCUCAGGGAAGCUUACGGUGGUGGAUGCCAGCUGCUUGAGAAGCAUGCGCAUCCGCUUGCUGCUAUCAGGGAAGAGUACUCCAUCUUAUUGAGGGCAGCGUUGCCACCAAGGACGAGGAGAAGAAAAAGACAUGAAGCUUUUGGCAAGCAGGAUGAGGGAAGUGUGGUGGGAGGAGAUAAAUUUGAACUCUCUGAGUGA